AACGGGUAUCAAGUAUUGAAUUAACAGCAUCAGUCUUCUUUGAGAUGGAAAUGUCAGUGAUCGCUAAGAAACUAUGGUGCGUCCGGAAACAACUUAUUCUUUUUCUGACUCCACUAAUUCUUCUCCCGUUGAUUUUUGGUCUCCCGGAAAAAGAGGGAAAAUGUCUUUAUGUUGUCCUGUUGAUGGCUGUGUUCUGGUGCACAGAGGCACUUCCCCUGGCAGUCACUGCAAUGCUGCCUGUUUGCCUAUUUCCAACUAUGGGGAUUCUUCCCUCCAAGCUGGUCUGUCCCCAAUACUUCCUUGAAACCAACUUUCUUUUUCUAAGUGGUCUGGUGAUGGCAUCAGCUAUUGAACAUUGGGGUCUGCAUCGGAGGAUAGCGCUGAAAGUCCUGAAGAUUGUUGGUGUAAAACCAGCCUGGCUAAUUUUAGGAAUGAUGAUCACAUCAGCCUUCCUAUCAAUGUGGCUCAGCAACACUGCCACCACUGCCAUGAUGCUACCUAUCGCCAAUGCCAUUCUGGAGAGCUUGUUUGGGGACCUGGAAACACUCAAGAGGAACUGCAAGGACAUCGAUGAGCCUGAGAGUCAGUCCCAAGUAAAAUUGCAUGCACUGCCAUCAGAAAAGCAAAAGUUGUCAAUGGACAGAGUGGAUGGGAUGGAGCAGGUUGAUGUGAGGACUCCUGAAGAGAUCAGAUCAGAAUCACAAUAUCAGAUGAAGGUUUGGAAAGGAUUCCUCAUCUGUAUCCCAUAUGCUGCCAGCAUCGGAGGGACUGCCACCUUGACGGGCACAGCACCAAACCUAAUCCUGAUUGGACAACUGAAAAGCUACUUUCCAGAUUGUGACAUUAUCAAUUUUGGAUCUUGGUUUGCUUUUGCCUUCCCCCUGAUGGUGAUACUCCUGUUUCUGAGUUGGAUAUGGAUAGCUUUUCUCUUUGGGGGGUUGAACACACGGCUGUGUGUGAAGAAAUUUGACCAAAGAGCACAGGCAGAAGCCAAAGCACAAACAGUUAUUGAUGAAGACUACCAAAAACUUGGACCCUUAAAUUUUGCAGAGGGAUCAAUCUUGUUCUUUUUUAUUUUGUUUGGCGUUCUCCUGUUCACAAGAGAUCCCAAGUUUGUCACUGGCUGGUCUGUGUUUUUCACCAAAGGGUAUGUGUCAGAUGCAGUUACUGGAAUGAUCAUUGUCACGGCGCUGUUCUUCUUUCCUUCCCAGAAGCCAUCUCUCAGGUGGUGGGGAGAUUCUCAAGCAUCAAAUGUUCCAUAUGUUCCUCUCCUGUCCUGGAAGAAAGCCCAGGAGUGUGUUCCAUGGAACAUCAUUCUGCUGCUGGGAGGAGGUUUUGCUAUGGCUAAGGGCUGUGAGGAGUCAGGACUGGCUGCUUGGAUAGGAAGAUAUCUUCAGCCUCUGGCCCAGGUCCCCCCUGCGGUGGCUGUCAUGUUGAUCACUGGCUUCCUGGCCACGUUCACAGAGUUUGCCAGCAACACUGCCACCAUUAUUAUAUUUCUGCCUGUAAUAGCUGAACUGGCCAAGUUUGUCAAAGUGAACCCCCUUUAUUUCAUGAUACCUGCAACAACUGGAUGUUCAUUUGCUUUCAUGCUGCCAGUGUCCACGCCUCCUAACUCCAUUGCCUUCGCUUCAGGACAUCUUGAGGUUAAAGAUAUGGUGAAAACUGGCUUUGUAAUGAACAUUUUGGGCAUUUUGACAGUGUCUUUGGCCAUGAACACUUGGGGUCUUGCCAUGUUUAGUUUGGACAGUUAUCCUGACUGGGCUCGCCCUGCCAACAUGUCCAGUGCUGUCAUAGAUAUACAUAUAUUGUCAGUACCAACCUUCAAUGCUACUCUGUGACAUCUUCCAUCAUGGAUCUUAAGAGGCCAAAAAAGCACAACAUUGAACUGUAUAUCAAAAUGUUACCUAUUCAUUCAAAAUGAGCAAAAAUCAGUCACCUGAAGGCUUCUCAUACUUGCAAAAAGUUGUCAGGCUUCAGUCCACCAUUUUUGCGAUGUCGGGAAACUGCACAAGCCCUGUCCCUUUACCAUACCAUAAUUUUUCUGCCAUGGCCUUCAGGGUGCUACACCACGGUCUUUGUGACUCAGCUAAGCAGGGAAGUUAAGGAAGUCCACAUUUGAAGACUUUAUCAAGAGUCAGACGAGAACUGCUAGUGGUGUAGCAGCUCUCAUCACAGUGAAUUGUUGCCUCAUCUUGAACUGUGAAGUGUAGUUAGGCUGUGAGUGUCAAACCUAGCACCCUGCUGGUAAAAACCACCUCAUCACCACAAUGUGCAAUCUGUUGUUAAGCACUAUGUGAAUUUAACAACGGAAACAACACUAUCAUAGCUAAUAGAGUAAGGGAGUCCAGAUAUUCUAACUGUGAUCUAAAAGGGGCAGCUGGAAAGAGGAUUAAAGUUGCCCAACUUUUUGUACAUUACAAUUACAAUUUUAAUCAUUGUAUUGAUAUAUUUAUCAGUUCAAAUGGAACUGUUUGGAACAUAAUUGUCCUUUUGGUUCUUGUUUCUUCUUUCAAUUUGAUUUAUAUUUUCACACUGAGCGAAGUGGAAGUGACCAAGGUGCGACAUCAAACGGAUGCCAACAUUUGUAUUGAUAAGAGUAGUCUCACAACUCUUUGU